GUACGCGGGGCGUCUGGAACUUAAAGGGGCAACGUACCUUUGCUGUCCCGUUCCACAAGGUCCCUUCUGCGGUCUCAAAGGCUUAUAAGCAAGGGCGGGGGCAGAGGGCUAAAGAAGGGAGUUUAUGCGGUCCGAGUGGGUAAUGCGUGGAGGGCUCCCCCAGCUUGUCUCUCAGGGAAAAGAGGGUUCAGAAAGGGAGAGAGUUCUUCCCCCUCUCCUGCCUGGGUGUCCCUCUACCAGCCUCAGGGGCGUCGCGCCCCCUCCUCACCGCCCCACCCCCGGGUGUGCCUCCUUCCCUCCGUCUCACAGCCCCUUUCCUGUCCGCGAAGACUGAGGAGCGGGGAGGGCGGGCCCUCUGACGCCGGAACUGGAACCGUGCGGCGUCCAGUUUCAGCAGGGAAGACUUAGGUGUCCGUCCCAGCCUCCAGGCUUCCGGUCCCGUUUCCCGGUUCGCUCGGCCGCGGUCGCUAUGGAGGAACCAGAGAUGCAACUCAAGGGGAAGAAAGUCACGGACAAGUUCACUGAGAGCGUCUACGUCCUGGCCAACGAGCCGUCCGUGGCCCUGUACCGGCUGCAGGAGCACGUGCGUCGCUCCCUCCCCGAGCUGGCCCAGCACAAGGCAGACAUGCAGCGUUGGGAGGAGCAGAGCCAGGGAGCCAUCUACACUGUGGAAUACGCCUGCAGCGCCGUGAAGAACCUGGUGGACAGCAGCGUCUACUUCCGCAGCGUGGAGGGUCUGCUCAAACAGGCCAUCAGCAUCCGGGACCAUAUGAAUGCCAGUGCGCAGGGUCACAGCCCGGAGGAACCACCCCCGCCCUCCUCAGCCUGAUCCUGGAAGAGACUCAGGGCACCCCAGCCUCCACCAACCCAGAGAUGGGGUUUCACCAUGUUGGCUAGGCUGGUCUCAAACUCCUGAGCUCGUGAUCCUCCCACCUCAACCUCUCAAAGUGCUGGGAUUAUAGGCGUGAGCCACCGCACCCAGCCUUGGUUCUCCCUUUCUUCAUCUGGAUAAGGAAGGCUGGACUGUACCUUCUCUACAGGCUAAGCUGGACACUCGCAUAUCUGCCCUCCCAACCUGCAUUCUGCCUCAAGCAGCGAUGCCCACCCCAGGUUCAGGCCACAUGGAGAGGCCACCCCUAGUUCCAGGGGUGGAUGUUGCACCUCGGCCUGGCCAAUCAGAGCUGCUGUGUCCUAGGUUCCCAGUGAUUGGUUUGAGAUGGACACGUGACCCAAUGAGAGGCCUUCCUGGGAGUUCUACCGGGAGCAUCAGGAAGGUUGAGCUGGGUGGAUGGGAACGGGGCAGGGACGAGGGGGUUCCAGGGGGGACCUGAGAACAUUGCCUGGGGCUGUGGAUCCAACUGUACCUGACAUUAGCCAAUUUCAUUUCUUCGGUUUCAUGGACACCUGAAUUAUGAUUUUUGCCAAAAUG